AUGGACGUGAAAGCCUCCUCGCCUUCGCCCGCGCCGCCGCCGUCGCCGGGCGCCACGCUCUCCGCGGUGAUCGCCGAGGACCGCCGCCGGGAGGCCAGACGCCGCCGCCCGGGAGGGCUCGGGCAGGGCGGCCUCCUCCCGCUCCUCGUCCCGGCGUGCGGGCGCCCCGCCGGGCAGGUGGGCGGCAGGACGGCGCACUCGCAGCUCAUGCUCCGCCUCCACCGCUGGGGCGCCUCGUUCCUGCCCAAGGGCGGCGGCGCCGUCUCGCGCGAGCUCGAGGCCAGGCGCCGCGCGCCGAGCCCGCCGCCACGGCCUCGACCAUUGCCGCCCGCUGCGGCCCACGUGGUGGUGCCGCCGCCGCCGCCGCCGCCGCCGCGCCACGAGGCGCCCGCCGUGAUGAGCGCGAGUGUCCCCGAGGGGAGGCCUUUGAGGGAGAGAGAGGAGCCCGCCGUCCGCGCGCCGGCGCCUGGAUCCAAAGCCACUGCCGAAGCGGACACGUCCGUCGGCGGCGAGAGCGCCGGGAGCAACGAGCACGCGGCGCCAGCAACGCCCGCCGGGGGAACCUGGCUCAGAGUUUCGCCCAAGACGACAGUGAGAUCUCUGUCGCUGCAGACGGACACCAGCGACGAGUCCCCUCGGUCCCUAGCCGACUCCCCCGCGCUGGCGGUGGAGAGCGCGGACAUGUUCGUGUGGGCGGACAAGUACCGGCCCAAUGUGCUCAGCGAGUUCAUCUGCAACAGGGCCGUCGCCGACGAGCUCCACCAGCUGGUGAUCAACACCGUCACAUUGCAAACCUUCCUUCCUUCUCGUAACAUUCUGGCUUUCAAAGUCAAGCAAGCAUUCACCGAACUCCGAUGUAGUGAACUAGUGAUGUUACAAGAUUACCUUGUCAAUCUGAGCUGGUUCGGUAUUUGCAAUUUCGUCUUAAAGCAGGUUAUUGCACACCAUUGCGGACAUUUCAUAUUUGAAGGGCAGCCGGCAGUUGGGAAAAGAAGCAUGGUGCUGGCACUUAUAAGGGAUGCUUUUGGUCCUCAUGGUCUCAAGAUAGAGGAACAGACAAAGAGAUUUGAAUUGAAGGGAGAAAUUAGAAAGCAUAUCGAUGUCAGAGUGAAGAUUUCAGGACAUCAUGUGGAGGUUAGCUUGGCCGAUUUACAUGGCUAUGAGAAGUAUGUCAUAACGAAUUUGCUGAGUGAAUCGAUCCCAUCACCAAACUUGGUUUGUGACCAUACUAACUGCAGAGUGGUUGUUAUCCAUGACGCUGAUAAGCUCUCGUCCGAUCUUCAACAUUAUAUUGGUUGGUUUUUGGGGAGGUACGCAGGGUGUAACAAAAUUAUUUUCUGCUGCUCUGAUGCUUCUAACCUUGAAGCUGUAAAACAUCUCUGCAAGGUCGUGACUCUUCAGCCACCUUCAUUUGACGAGAUAAUAAAGGUUCUAGAGUACAUUGCAGCGCAAGAGAGCAUUGAUUUGCCUCGUGAUCUUGCUAGGAGAAUAACAGUAAGCGCAAGUAAUAAUCUCCGACAGGCAAUACGUUCUUUUGAAGCUACUUGGAAGGCAAACUACCCAUUCAUAGACGGCCAAGUUAUUUUGACAGGAUGGGAAGAGGAUAUCUCUAAUGUGGCCAGAAAUAUCAUCGAGGAGCCAAGUUCAAAGCAACUGUUUGUUAUCCGGGGAAAGAUCAGAAAAUUGAUUGAACAUAAUGUGUCACCUCAUUUCAUUUUCUCGCACUUAGUCGCAGAAUUGAAAAGGGACAAGGAUGAAGAGUUUCAGCACAGUAUUGAUGAACUGGCCUCGGAUGUGAACCAUGUAAGACAGAGCAAAGGAUGCAAAUCUCGGGAGGCAGAUUUGAAAAUGAGAAAUAUGAACGUAGAAGAUUUUACCGAGAAGGUUCGUGACCAUGGUGAAAGCAUCCAAUGCUUUAUAAAGAUUGAAGAAUUCACCGUGAGGUUCCUGAGCUUCUACAGAUCCUUAAAAGCAAAGAAAUCGAAUAGUGGAGGUGCUCAAUGAAGAACGACUCAUCGCUUUGGUCGGCAAAUCUCCUCAGAUCUGCCGUACCACUGGUACUUAAAUAAGAUGUGAUGCGUCUUUGCAUAAUUGAAGUGCCUCUAUAUGGUGGUCUUAUGUCUACACCCUGUAUGCAUUUAUAAUACGUCCAAUUUCACAUAUGCUGCUACUG